AACCUCUGUUGAUUGUUACUUCGUGGUUGUAACGCCGGAUUACUUGUGGGUAUAUCAAGUUGUUUAACUGUGAUUGGCUUUGUGAGAAAAACAUUAUUUUAUAGUGGACAGAAUAUUCAGCGUCCGCAUCUUAAUUUUUUCGUGUUUCGAAAACAAACAACGGAAAUUACAGUAUUAUUAUCAACAAUGUCACGUCACGUGGAAGCACGAGGAACGAGCGGAAGUGAUGGUACCGGCAGUAAAGAAGGGAAAGUAAAACUAAAAAGUGAAAUAACUUUAAUUAAUGGCGUAGCAAUUAUUGUUGGAUGCAUUAUUGGAGCGGGAAUAUUUGUUUCUCCGAGAGGCGUUUUUGCUUACUGCGGUGAAUCGGUAGGCCUAUCGCUUGUCGUCUGGUCGUUGUGCGGAGUGUUUUCAAUGCUAGGAGCCAUGUGUUACGCUGAGUUAGGAACUUCUAUUGUACGAUCUGGUGGAGAUUAUGCUUACAUUCUCGAAGCUUUCGGGCCUCUGACAGCCUUUCUGAGACUUUGGGUUGCUCUUCUCAUUAUUCGACCAACAGCACAAGCUAUCUUGGCGCUCACUUUUGCCCAUUAUAUUAUUGAACCUCUUUACCAACAAUGUGAACCACCUGAUGCAGCUGUGCGGCUUCUAGCGGCUCUCUCUUUAGGUAAGGGACAUUUUAUAUAA